AUGGGUGAUUCAACCGAGGAGGACAAGGGGGGCGGCUCGGAACAAAAGCCCGCUGAGCCGCCCGUCUCGCUAAAUGGGCAUGCCGAUUCGUCUUUAGAUGGGGGAUACAAGGCAUUCAAGCUCUCCGAUGAAUCACAGGCACUGAUCGAUGCGGGCCGUGAAUUGUUGGGCUACAAAAGCUCGGCAAUGCCAACGCUACGGCCAAUCUCACCGCCGAUCACCCCAUUAAAGCCCAGGUGCGCCUCCCCAGAUGAGGAGUUGAUCGCAUCCAGUUCGCACAUCCCAAGAAGACUGGCAGCCCCUCGUCUACUCCGCAAGGAUUUUUCGGACUCGCUGCUCGAUGAAGUUUCUGACAGGCUACCAGCUUCAAAGCAACUUCACGAAAGUGUCAAGGACAGCUACUAUAAAGCGAAAAGAACUGCCGACCGAGGCAAGGAUGAGUACGACUUUAUGGAGGGUCUGGCUUCCCGACCUGUCGGACGACAGGGCAAGAGUCCUUUCCGAGAGUUGGAGGGGAAUGGCUAUAUUCCAGCCCGUCGAUAUCCAUCCACAAAUCCCCUGCUUCAACAGUCCGGAUCCUCCAGCAAUCCUUUCACGCAUGGUUCCGGCCCUUACGCUGCACCAGCCGUGUCGAGAUCCCAGGGAAUUGAAUCAACAUACAGAAAACCGACGGAAUACGAGAAGCUCUAUGACAGACGUGCCACUGAGGUCGAGUCGAGGCUGAUCGCAUCAUCCGUAUUGCCGAACAUUCGGUCAAUCACAGCACGGGAAUUCCGCCGUGCUCCUGAACCCGCGGCAGGCUCGGCCUCUGAUCAGCAUGACUUAGAUGAUUAUGAUUUCUCGUCGUACGCGCCGCGGCCCUAUUACUCCCGCCCGAACAAAGACGACCCCGACUAUUUCGACUACGAUCUGCAACAUUCUGUCGAUCUGUACAAGAGGCCCGAGGGGAAAUAUACGCCGCGAGGGUCAAAACCGCACGAAUGGGAAACCAAACUGCUGUCAGAAGCGAGCGCGAAGGGCAGCGCACCUAUCUCCGGAUACCUUUUCACAAAGGGAGACACGGAUUGGAGGCAGAAUAACUCUUCAUACCUUUCGGCCGCCUUGAGGACCCCAAAAUUCUGGGAGCAACGUUUCAUGUCGAUUGGCUCGCAAGUUCGUGACAGCAAUCCGAUCAGCUUGGAAUCGAUUAAUCGGAAUAAGCCGGUUCCCAGCCGCUUCACUGAAUACCGCGACCCUGAUUUCGAGGACUACGAAGACCCCCGUGCCGACGAU